CCUCAAUAGCUGGAACAUAUCACUGUGCUUGUUGACAGUGAUUUUGUGAUAUUAUCGACUUAGAACCUCUUAUUGACUGCAUUUGGGACAGCUAGUUUUUCUUUCUCUCGGUUAAUAUCUAGUGUUUCUCUCAUAUUAUUGUUUAUUUCGCCCAGCUGUCGCGUGCCCAAAAUACUCAAUCGCCCCUUGAUUGCUCUAAGCAGUAAAUUGCAUUAAUUCUGUACAACCAACGACCAGCUCUCGAUCACCAGUCGAUCGCAACCAACUGAACCCCUUGCGCCACUCCCCAAUGCAACCGUACUUUUGCUUAUCGUAACAACCAUGUUCUUAAAAACGCUAUUUUCUCCUCGCCCCGGCAAUUACGAAUUGCUUCGGCCCGUGCACCACAGCCCUACGGAAUUCGCCAUGCGAACGUCAAAAACAGACAAGGUCGUCACCACGGCCGCCGAUGGAGAUGUCGCAACAGGCAAUUCCGACGCGGACGCGAGAAGGCUGGCAGAGAUGGGGUACACACAGGAUAUGCAGCGGAACUUCUCCGUGAUAUCGUUACUGGGUGUGGCCUUCUCGCUGGCUAACUCGUGGUUCGGUAUCUCCGCCUCGCUAAUCACCGGUAUCAACUCAGGAGGAACAGUAUUGACCAUCUACGGAAUCCCCUGGAUCACCUUCGUCUCGACCUGCGUCGGCGUCACGCUGUCGGAGCUGGCCUCCGCCAUGCCCAAUGCCGGCGGACAAUACUUUUGGGCCAGCGAGCUCUCCCCAAAAAAAUAUGCCGCAUUCGCCUCGUAUCUAACAGGAUGGCUCGCCUGGGCCGGCGCCAUGUUCACCUGCGCCAGUGUAGCCUUAAGCUUGGGCUCAGCCGGCGUCGGCAUGUGGCAGCUAUCUCAUCCAGACUUCAUCCCCAAACCCUGGCACUCAGUAGUAGCUUACGAAGUAAUCAACCUAUUCGCCUUCCUCUUCAACUGCAUCGGCAAAGCCCUCCCCACAGUAGCCACAGCCACCCUCUACAUCUCCCUCAUCUCCUUCGCCGUCAUCCUCAUCACCGUCCCCGCCGCAGCACCCUCCCACGCCAACGCCAAAUUCGUCUUCGCAAACUUCGUCAACUCAACCGGCUGGCCCUCCGACGGCCUCGCUUUCCUCGUCGGCCUCAUCAACCCAAACUGGGUCUUCGCAUGCCUCGACUCAGCCACCCACCUCGCCGAAGAAGUCUCCCGUCCUGAACGCUCCAUCCCCAUCGCUAUCCUCUCCACCGUCGCCAUCGGCUUCACCACCUCCUGGUUCUACUGCAUAGCCAUGUUCUUCAGCGUCACUGACCUACACCAAAUCAUAACCACCCCAACCGGCGUCCCCAUCCUCGCCCUCUUCUACCAAGCCCUACAAAGCAAACCAGGUGCCAUAGCCCUCGAAUCCCUCAUCCUGAUCACAGGAAUAGGCUGUCAAAUAGCAUGUCAUACAUGGCAAUCCCGUCUCUGCUGGUCCUUUGCUCGUGAUCACGGUCUUCCUUUCUCCACUUUCCUAUCGAAAAUUCACCCUACCCUAGACGUCCCCUUCAACGCCCACAGCGCCAGCUGCUUCAUCGUAGGACUCCUGGGUCUAUUAUAUCUCGGGUCCUCAACCGCAUUCAAUAGCAUGGUCACGGCGUGUAUAGUAUUGCUUUAUACAAGCUAUGUGGUUCCUGUUAUUGCCCUGCUGUACAAGGGUAGGGGGAAUAUUACCCAUGGACCUUUUUGGUUGGGGAAGGUCGGGUGGUUUUGUAAUUGGGUUGUUCUGGGUUGGACGGGCUUUUGUUUGGUCGUUUAUUCGUUUCCGAGUGUUUAUCCUGUUACGACUGGGA